AUGAAUUAACAAGCAUCAUUCGACAAUUAAUCAUCUGCUCAAUAGAAUCAAGGAAAGACUGAAUAGAAUUUUUAUUCAUCCUAAGCUACAAAUGCACUGCUAGAUGGCACACCUGAUUUAAUCAAAGAAGAGUUUUAAUCAAAUUAAAAAGGAGACAAAAAUAAAUAAAAUGACGAGUCUCCUUAACAUACAUAGUUAUCAGAGGAAGAGAGUCCAGAUAAAAUAAAAUUAAAUAAUCGAUUUCCAAGGAGAAACGGUACUGAGUGUCCCUGGGCAAUCCCUUAAAUAUUUGGGCUUUUGAUCAUUACACUUAAUCUAAUUCAAAAUAUCGUCAUUGAUCUACCCUGCCUUGACUACUAACUUGGAUUUGGAGGAAUAAUAUUGUUCAGUGUACUACUUUUCUUGAAUCUGAUGAUUUUUGUAUUUGCUGUGAUUUGCGCUAGGAAAGACCCUACAGAUCCAAUAAUUUACGAAUAAAGAAAAAUAAAAUUCUAAGGAUUGGCUUUUGAUGAUGCAAAUUAUGAAUAUUUCUGUGAGAGAUGCGAUGCACAUGUUAUGGAAUUGACAAAGCAUUGUAAUAGGUGCAAUAGAUGCACUAAGCACUUUGAUCAUCAUUGCAUUUGGCUUAAUAAUUGUGUCGGCUACAAUAAUUAUAGAGAUUUCUGUUUACUAAUUGGCUUCAUGCUAGCAAAUUCAGUUUCAAGUGUUAUUUACAACAUAAAUGUCAUUCAUGUUCAUACUCUGUAUGGCUUUGAAGUAUUCAUAAUCAUCUUGAAUGCAGUCAUUUCAUUGGCUAUUGGAUACCUUUCUGCUUAUCAUUUAUGGCUUAAGUUUAAUGGAUUAACAACAUAUGCGCAUAUUAUGAUGAUGAGAGACCGAGCUAGAAGGGCAAGAUCAAGCUAUGAAGAAUCUGAAAAUGAAAUAGAUGAAGGCUAAACAAGAUUAAGUGUAAUCAACGAUAAACCUCUAAAUAAUCAAGCGGGAUAAGGGACUAACUAAAGUUUAAAAGGAAAUUCCGAUAAGGCAUAGGCGAAUUCCUCAGAGUAGCACAAAGAAUCAACUCACUAUUCUAAAAUUAAUGAGUCAAAUCUAGAUAUUAAGCCUGAUGAAAAUUCAAUUAAUGGAAACAAUUAAUAGCCUAUAGGAACGGCCCCAACUGUAGAUAAUAAGACAAGCUAAGAAUUUAGCUUAAGAUAAGCAGAUCCUAUAUCAUAUUAAUAAUUAAGACAAGAAUCGUCAAGAAUUCUGAACAGAAAUACUCCAAAUUAAAGUCCGAGAUAAAAUCAAAAUAGAAGUCAAAUGAGUCAACAAAGAUCCUCUAGUGAGAAAUUCAACUAUAAGGAAAUUCCAGUAACCAAAAAAUAAGGUGGGUAUCUAUUAUCUUAAAAGAGUAACAACAACAGAGGCGAUACCUCUAUGGAGCAUAAAAUGUACUUAAAAUCAUUGAAAGGAGCUUCAAGAAAUGAUUCUUAAAAGCAGUCAUUUAUUUCAAAGUUUAAGAAUAAGCUAUAAAACGCAUUAGGAGAUUCUAACGCUUAAAGUCCAAGACUUAAGACAAAUCAAGAAUUACUUUAUCCUCGUCUGGGCAGUAACAUUUAUGAAAGCAGUAGUAAUCAUUAAUUUAAGCAAAAGGCUGUAUUAUCAAAUAGUGAAAUAUAAUCUCCUAAGGAUAAGCAGCAUAUUUCCUUAUCUUAUAAAAAUAGAAAGUAAUUUAGGGGUUUCUAGCAGAGCUAAGAUGAAUACUAAAAUGCCAAAGAAGAUUUGUUAAGUAGCAAUAAUAAUAUCAAGAAAUGA